GGCUUGCCACUGCAACCCCAUCUCACAGUCCGCCGACCACAGAUAUACACGCAUUAACAAUCCGGCCCGAGGACACGCCGAGACGUGAAAGGGCGAGCUGUACUCUCUGCCCACACUUAGUCAUUUAUAUCUGCCCAGUUGUUAGUUGUAGGCAAGAGAAUCUCGUGUUUUAGUAGUUUACAACCAGCUGUUGAUUCAAAGUAGCCCACGGAAACAAAGACUCCACAGACAGGGACGAGCAACUGGACUGUUGGACCAAACGCUGCCGGAGGUUUAUUCCCAUAGCAAAUGUGGUGUUAAAAGACCGCCUGAUAGGUUGAUACAUCGCCGGGGAAACGUGUUAAGAUGGACGUGAGGCUGCUACUGAUUUCAGUUCUUCUGGGACUCAGCAGGGCACAAAUAGAUGGUAACGAAUGCACCAAGGCCUCGGCCCAGUCCUGUGGAGAAUGCAUUCAGGCCGGAGAAAAGUGUGGCUGGUGCACAGACGAGGACUUUCUAAAACAAGGUGAACAGAAGUCCACACGUUGUGAUGAGAUUGAAGCUCUGAUUAAGAAGGGCUGUUCUAAAGCCAACAUAGAAAAUCCUCGAGGAACUGUUAGCGUCAACGAAAACCGAUCUUUAACAGACCGCUCAAAGGAUGGAGCAAAACUGAAGCCAGAACAGAUCACCCAGAUUCAACCACAGAAACUCACUCUAGACCUCCGAUCAGGUGAAGCUCAGACAUUCAAUCUGACAUUCAGGAGGGCUGAGGGUUAUCCUGUUGAUCUCUACUACCUGAUGGACCUCAGCUACUCAAUGAAAGAUGAUUUAGAGAACGUCAAAAACCUGGGAACCGACCUCAUGGUUGAAAUGCAAAAGAUCACAACUGACUUCAGAAUUGGCUUUGGCUCCUUUGUGGAGAAAACUGUCAUGCCAUACAUCAGCACGACACCAGCCAAGCUGCUAAACCCCUGUACGUCGGACCAGAACUGCACAAGCCCGUUCAGCUAUAAAAAUGUGCUUAAAUUGACUUCCAAUGGAUCUGAGUUUAACAGCCUCGUUAGCGGGCAACAGAUCUCAGGAAACCUGGACUCACCAGAGGGAGGGUUCGAUGCUAUCAUGCAAGUGGCUGUCUGUGGGGAUGAGAUCGGCUGGAGGGAUAAUGCCCGUCUGCUUGUGUUUUCCACGGAUGCUGGAUUUCACUUCGCCGGAGACGGAAAACUGGGCGGCAUCGUGCUUCCUAAUGACGGGAAAUGCCAUCUGCAGAAUAACAUGUACACCAUGAGCCAUUACUAUGACUAUCCUUCGAUCGCACAUCUUGUUCAGAAAUUAAGUGAAAACAACAUUCAGACCAUUUUUGCAGUAACUGAGGAGUUCCAGCCUGUUUACCAGGAGCUGAAAAACCUCAUUCCAAAGUCAGCUGUGGGAACGCUAUCCUCUGACUCCGGCAAUGUGAUAAAACUCAUUAUUGAUGCAUAUAAUUCUCUGUCCUCAGAGGUCAUUCUGGAGAACAGUAGGCUCCCUGAAGGUGUUUCCAUCUCCUACAUCUCCCACUGCAAGAAUGGAGUGAGCGAAAAAGGAGAAAAUGGAAGAAAGUGCUCCAAUAUCUCUAUUGGAGAUCAGGUAACAUUUGAGGUAGCGGUCACGGCUAAAGGCUGUCCGUCUAAUGGCAAAUCAGAGACUAUAAAAAUCAAGCCGCUGGGCUUCAAUGAGAGUGUGGAGAUCAUUCUCAACUUCAUCUGCGAAUGUGAGUGUCAUGCACACAGAAUCUCGAACAGUCAGAACUGUAGCAACGGCAAUGGCACUCUGGAGUGUGGAGCAUGCAGGUGCAAUGAGGGACGUAUCGGUAGGGUAUGUGAAUGUAGUAAAAAAGAGGUGAGAACAGAAGAUCUGGACGCAAACUGCCGCAUGGAUAACGGGACGGACAUUUGCAGCAACAAUGGAGACUGCGUUUGUGGAACGUGUGAGUGCAAGAAAAGAGACAACCCAGAGGAGAGAUACAGCGGAAAGUUCUGUGAAUGUGACAACUUCAAUUGCGACCGCUCCAACAAUAAGCUCUGCGGAGGUCAUGGUCGUUGUGAAUGCCGAAAGUGUAUCUGUGACGCUAACUACACAGGCAGUGCGUGCGACUGCUCUCUGGACACCUCCACUUGCCUGGCCACUAACAAACAGAUCUGUAACGGACGGGGCACCUGUGAGUGUGGCGCGUGUAAAUGCACCGACUCAAAGUUUCAGGGUCCAACCUGUGAAAUCUGCCCAACCUGCCCUGGAGUUUGUACUGAACACAAGGAUUGCGUCCAGUGCAGAGCAUUUGGUACCGGGGACAAGAAAGACACGUGUGAGAAACAAUGUAGUUAUUUCAAUCUCAUAAUGAAGAAGAGGAAGGAUGAACUUCCUCAGCCCAACGACCAGCCCUACAUCAAUCAUUGCAAAGAGCGUGACGCUAACGACUGCUGGUUCUUCUUCACCUACGCUACCAAGAACGACAGCACCGUUGAGGUUCACGUGGCGGAGGAACUUGAGUGUCCCUCUGGUCCUGAUAUUAUCCCCAUCGUAGCGGGUGUGGUCGCAGGAAUCGUUCUGAUUGGUUUAGCACUUCUGCUCAUCUGGAAGCUGCUCAUGAUUAUUCACGACCGCAGAGAGUUCGCCAAGUUCGAGAAGGAGAAGAUGAACGCCAAGUGGGACACGCAAGACAACCCAAUAUACAAGAGCCCCAUUAAUAAAUUCCAGAAUCCAAGUUAUGGAAAUAAGGGCGUCACCCUCUGAGGUGAGAACCCCAUUUACAAGAGUGCUGUGACAACGGUGGUCAACCCUAAGUACGAGGGCAAGUAAUGGAUGAAUGUGUCCAUCUUUAAGCAACACUGUAUGCAGAACAGUUCAAGAGGAACGGAAGAGUUGAAGAUCACUUUUAUUUUCUUUUUUUAUGUGUUUUUGAAUCACCUUUUGCCUGUGCAUUUGCCACUGUUCAGUAUAAUCUAUUAACCUGUGUUUCUAUGCAUCAUUUUGGAACUGUACAGUAUGUAUAAACUUAACUUUUUACUUGAUUUUUAGCCAUGGAUCUGCCUUGUUUUUCUGAAUGUUUAAACUGAUCAUGGUGGGUUCGAUAACAGGGGUUUUGUAGGUAAGAUGUGGUCAAGUAUGUAUGAAGAAUGAAUAUCCACAAAGACAAGACACAAGUACUGGCUUGAGUCAAGUUGGUGUCUUAUGAUGGUACAGGAAACUUUCUGAACCUGUGGAUGGAGUGUCCUGUCACUGGUAUAGUAGGUAGCUGUAGCGGACCACUGCUGUUUGUACACAUGGUGCUUUUCAUGUAGACGCUUAUGUCUGCAUAAUCCUGGACGAUUCGAGUCCAGAUUCUAAUGUUUAGAUCUACGCGACUGGAUCUGUGUGCUCACGUCGCCUUUCUUUGGUCUGCGAGUCAGGUGGUUUAGCAGCCUUUUAUUGUGCACAUUGACAUGUUAAUGAAUCUAAAAUGGGUUUAGUAUCUUUUUAAUUACGUCACACAAAAAGUGUACAAGUUUUGUUGUAAUUUCAUUUGUCAAGUGAUUUAAAUGCAUUGGACUUGGCAACAUCUGAGUUGUUUGAAAAAUCUUAGAGGGACAUUUUCUUCAUCGUCUGUGAAUGGAACAAUCAACUUAAUUAUUACUAUUAUUAUUAUAAUAAUUGAAAACAUAAGUGUAAAGUCAUAUGAAAAGAUCUUCAGGUUUUGUUUGAAGAAUGAGGAAAUGAAAACUCAGGUCCUGAAUUUCUCUCUAUCACUGAUGCCAAAUAUUUACGUCUACUGUGCAAGAACUUUAUUCCAGAUGUGGACUUCACAUUGUUUUUGUAAUUUAAUUAGUCCCUUUGUAACGAAAUUGUUCAUAAAUGAGGCUAACUGCUCAGAUUAUUGUCGGUAAAGAUCAGUGUUAAAGAAAGAUUACUUUUUUUUUCCUUUUUCACCUUUUUUUUUUAAUCUCUAAAGCGUUUAAAAGCUUUUAAUCAUGUUACAUACACACUUUGCAUUUUAAAGUGCCUUUUUCAUUUUUGCAUCAUGCCCACUGUCUUUUGUUUCUAGGAGUUAUUUAUUAAAAUAAACAACCCAAAACACUGGA